AUGGGCAACAUGAACAUCGAAACAUUCUCAGACUAUAUCGCCCGAGAGCGUCUGAGCUCUAUGCCAUGCCGCGGCAGCCUCUGGGACAGAGUCCUCCGCUGGGCUGAGUUUUAUGCUCUGCAGAUUGACAACUAUGCUAAGAAGAUUGAGUCAUUCGUCCCUGAGAGCCAGUAUGCAACAAAACAGAUUUAUACAUUGCUCCGCAGCAUUGUUGAACUCGGAGAAGCUAAUGCUAGCGCUCUCAAUACAACCUUCUCGGUUUUCUACAAGCUUGGUCUGUCUUUGUCGUUUCUAGCAUCGCAUCAAACACAGCUGAGCUUGAGCACCGAUGUCCGAGAGGACGUCAGCAGAGCUUUCCGCGACAUUCAUUAUCUGGUUUUUGAUGUGGCAUCUCAUUAUCAAGGGUCUGUCCGCGGCCUCUCGCAUGGUGCUGUUACCCUCGAUUUUACUUCCCUCUUCCGAGAGCCUCUCAACAACUUUGAGAACCGCAAAAAUCGCAUCAUGAAUCAUAUCUGGAGCCACGCCCUUGGCGGCGAUGCAGUCAGAGAAGUGCAUGAAGUCCGCAAGUGGCUCGACCAGAGGGCCUUUCUUCUUCGAAGCAUACCCGCCAAGUCCCUUACCUAUGCAUCCCAGUACGAUGAGUACACAUGUGAAUGGUUUCAGAAAACACUGUACGAUUUUUCUUGUGGAGAUGAGAAAAUACUCGCCAUCACCGGUCCUCCCGGAUGUGGAAAGUCAGUGCUUUCCAGCUGGAUUCAGGAGAGACUGCAACGUCGCUUGGGUCAGAAGACGCACAGUACUGUGAUGUUCUCGUUUGACUCAGACAUUCCAAGCGAGACCACAUCGCUGGCUCUGGCAAAGAGCUUGGCACUACAGCUGAUGGACCUUCGCCUGGGUAACGUCCGCAUGUUCGAAGCUAUCGUCCAGGCCUACAACAGCAAAAGCGCUGUGGACAUGGAGCAUCAUCUGUGGAAUGCCAUCGAUGCAGCCUUCCCUGACUCCUCUGAGCCUACUAUGAUCAUCAUCGACGGCCUGGACCAGCUCCGUGACAACAAGAAGCAGGUCUGUGAGCGUAUGUCGAAACUCUCGACUUCUCACCGUUCUCUCAAAUCCAUCAUCCUCUCAAGGUCUAAAACUUUGCCUGAGAAUGACAAGAUCUGGAAGACAUUUGAGAUACAGCCCGAUCAUGUUCACGAUGAUAUCCAACACAUUGCCAAGCAUAAGCUACGAGACUGCGUAGCUUACCAUAAAAAGAAUGACACAGACCGACAAAAGUUCUUGGAGGACUUAGCCAAGAAAGCAAAGGGUAAUUUCCUCUGGUUGCUGCUAGCUGCCGAUGACCUCAAGCUCUCAAAGUCGCCAGAAGACUUGGAUAAGAACUUCAAAGACCUCAAAAGCACACUUGACGAGAUCAUCAAAUAUCGUGUUUUCAAGGAUGAUAAUCUUGCUGAUAGUGAUGUGAAGCUCUUGAUCUCAUUCAUGAUGGUGACUGAGCGUCCACUGUCUGUCGACGAGCUCUACGACGUUCUUCAAGUCGACCUUCAGAAGAAGACGAACACACGUCGUGAAAUAGACCUUGAGAGCAAGUUUGCGAAGACAUCUGGAUUGUUACGUCCCAACAACGCAGGGUUGGUGAAAUUCUUGCACCCUGCCAUACGAGAGUAUUUCAUCGCCCUGCAGACCACCGGAGAGAAGCUCCUUUCCUAUAAAGAAGCUCACACGAACCUGACCUUGAGGCUUCUUAUCUAUAGCAAGGUCUGUUUGUCCAAGCCUCAUGAUGUCUCUCUUGAGCCUUUGCCCCAAGGUGAUGUGGAGCGUUUGUUCACCGAACACGAUCUGUUGGAGUAUGCUGUACGCAACUGGACAAUUCAUUUCCGGCAGUCCACCUUAUACAAGCCAACUGGUACCUUGGGUCUCUCGAAUGAUGUUAAGGCCGCCUUCCCGACUACUCCAUUGCUGCCGUUGCUGGAGUGGACAUGCUGGGAUGCACAGUUCCCAACCACUGAGCUGCUGCCUGUGCACGAGCUUGCCCUGCGCAUCCGUUCUGAAGUCUUCCAAGACAAGCAUGUUGCGACACUGCAGACCUCUAUCACCUGCGCUUAUGUGUACCAUAUGUACUCAACCCUGGACACAGCUGCACCCUACUUUGUUCGAGCUUCACGAAUUUGCCAGCACGUGUUGCCAAAACAUAAUCGCAUUACAGUCACUCUGACUGAGACUUUCCUGACCAUCACAGACUCGAUGACUUUUACCAGUCGUACGGAACUUGUGACUUUCAGAGAGGAAAUGCUUAAAUUCAUCAUCACAGCUUACAAGGAAACUCAUGGAGAGACGAGUGAAGUUGUCAUUCGCUUCACCAAGACUCUAGCUGAGAUGUACGUUUCGAUUCACGAAGAAGACCACGCAGCAGUGUGCUGGAAAGAACUUCGUACCGUCAUUAUCAAGAAGUACGGCGAGGGUUCUGACUUUGAGAGAGAGAUCUCAGGCAAACUCAUGGUGGUCUUGAAAGCUGAUCACAAUCAUGGGGGUAUUGAACAAUAUCGUUAUGAUAUCUUCUCCGUGGGCGAAGACAGCGCUGUCGUUUGGAAUCUUGCAAGAAUCCAGAUGUUUUUGAAGCUCGCACAGGGCUGCGAGCAUCGUAAAGAGUUCUACGAAGCCGAGGAACUCUACGUCACACUGUGGACGCGCCUGUUAAGUUUGUGCAGGGGUCACCACUCGCACGAUGUUGAGACUCGCAUUAGCAUGCUUCAAGUGGCCGUUGAAUACGUUCACUUUUUAACAAGGCAGCAACGAAAAGAAGAAGCGAAAAACAUACUUAUCGUUUUGUGGUCCGAACACAAGCACUUCGGCUGCGAAUCUGAGGCUUUCUAUCAGCAACUGAUGAUCAUUGGUAAACUGAUGAGAUCUCUGGAGCUUCACAACUUGUCAAUCUCUGUAUUCGAGCGCGUUUCAAGCUUCUUCAAGGCUGUCGGCAAGCACGAGAGUAGCUAUGCUCGUGAAUGCGAGGACACCAUGAUCAAGGUUAUUCAAGAGACCUCAGAGAAGCACUCAUCUUCUUCAUUCAGAAGCGAGUCAACCGACGAGAUGCAGAGUGUCGUCCGCAGAAUGUUCAGCUCUUCGACGACUACCUUGUCCCACGAGACUAUCAAAGUCGCUAGAUCCGCUAUUCAUAUGCACAUGAAGCAAGAAAACUGGUCAGAGGCCAUCAGCCUUCUAAUGAGAACGCUUGAUCUCAUGCACUUCACUGGCUCUUGGGGAGGUGGAGUGUGCUUGCCUAACGACUACGCCGAUGAGUCCAUCGAGUUUGCUCUUGAACUUGGAAAGUGCUACACAAGAAGCAAGCGCCACUCAGAGAGCUUGGCGGUUUACCUCCAGCUCUGGCAAGCAGUACGAAGUUCUUGCAGCAUCGAUGAUAAGCGCAGAAGUACCAUCCUCGAGAUCAUAGUCCAGAACUAUACAGAGCACAAGAGAUGGAGAGCUCUGGUAGAGCUUCAUAAAGAUCUACUGCUCGAGUAUCGCAGACACCUAGGAAAAUCUCACGAGCGAAUAAUCGGUCUUUUGUAUUUCCUGGGUGAUUUGACCCUUGAGCAUGGUCACGGUUACCCCGAAGACUACUACCGUGAGAUUGUCGAGAUCAUUGGAACGUCCAACUACAAGCUCUCUUUCAAAGCUUACAAGAGACUCAGCCAGAUCUACUACGAUGAGAGCAACUGGGUUGAGCUCAGAAUCGUUUGUGACGUCCUUUGGAAUCUCCUUACCACACAGACAAAGGAGUACGACUAUGACGAGAAUUACGUCGAGCUGUUGUACAUCAGAUAUUCCUACGUCUUGAAGCACCAUAACAGGAGCAAUGGCAAAGCAGAUCAUAAGCUCUUGGCUUUGGUCGCCCAGCAGUACCGAGACAUAUGUAUAACGAAGUUCGGCGCCUCAUCUUCGGUCGCUAUUCGUGCCAGGAUCGAAUAUGCUUCGGUUCUCAUGGAGGAUGAGUCGACUAAGGUCGAAGCUGUUGCCGCUUACGAGGAAAUUAUCACAACCACUAAGAACAGCAAGGUCGUGAUUGAUGAAAAGACCAUGUCGAUGGUGAAGAGUCGUAUGACCGAAGCCUAUGUACAUGUACACCGUAAGGGCAUCUCGUCAGCAGAGACAACCGAGAAAGCCAUUGCAGUGCUGCAAGAAAGACUUCAACAGCUCAAGAGUAUCCACGGAUGUGCACACUCCGAGACUCUGUCUAUUCUCAGCGAACUUGUCUCGAUGCGCUACAAAACCAAGAAGACAACAGAAGACGAACAAAUUAUUGUUCGUAUGCUUCAAGAGAACACUAUCGAAAUUAUCACCAAGGAACAAAGAUCUCAGGUACUUUUCGAAGCGGCAAACACUAUCGGUGCCAUGUACAUCACCUGUGGCUACCACGCUUACGGUCUCCAGCUUGUCCGGGCUGCCAGACGUCAAGUCAUUACAGGUCACGCAGACGUAAAGACCGGCUUUAAGCUUGACAAGUCAAUCGGUCGUGUUGCCUUUGUUUUCCUCGUCACCUUCGAACUGGUGCUCAAGGGCUCUUCUGGACACAACUACUCUGAGGUGAUGGCAGAUUGGCUGACCGAGUCUGUGUUGUUCAAUAACUAUCAUCGAUGCCUGACCACUCAAGUCAAGACAGAGCAACUCCUUCUGCGCAGUGCUCACCUCAGACAUUUCUGGCACGACCGUUUGCGUCAUGACGACAUCGAGGAGCUCGAUCAACACGUCUUCGAGAUCUUCAACAAGCAGAUCGGCAAUGCUCUGAAGACAAGACCGGAAAUGAUCAAGGUCUUCCUGACAGCACUUCUAAUUCACAUUGGAUCUGCUGAUGCUUAUGACAUUCAAGCUGCUAGGGCCGCAUCUAUUGCUGGCGACCAUAGAAUCGAAGCACUUGUUUCAAGUGGCAAGCACCAGGAAGCAAUCGAGGUGGCAUACUGUACGUUCCAGUUCGUGAUGACUCAAGGCGGCUACCAGCAAGCCGGUCUGAUUGGCUAUGGAUUCAAGCUGGCCAAAUACUUGACCAUGAAGGAGAACAUCCAGGCCGAGAUCCACACUAAGAUGUUACAAGCUUCAAGAGAAAUCAUGACUGAAGUCUUGAAUGCAUGCAAGACCUUGGAGAUUAAUUUCCUGCAACUGCACGAUCACGAGCUCAAUGAUCUAGUUGAGCUGCUCGGUGAGCAGGAAAACUACAAAGAGCUCGACAUCAUUCUGGAGUCUCUUUGGAAAUCUCGCUCAGGUCAGAAGAACUGGAGUGAAGACACAAUGAUCAAUCUUGGAGAGCGUCUCGUUGUAUCACGUCAUUUAGCAUCCGACAAGGGACACUCUCACCGUGCCAUUCACCUUGCCGAAGAUAUUGCCUACAACCUGCGUCGUGUUCUUGGUGGACUUCACCCUCACACUCUCAAAAUGUCUAACCUACUUUCUCAGCUGUACACUGCUGCAAACUUGCACGGCGAGGCUCUCAACGUGCACGAGGAGAUCUUGCAGCUCAUCGUCUCCGGCGAUGAUGGCGAGGAGCGCACCACCGACACCGUCAAUGCUGAUACGGCUUUCCAGCAAGUCAAGCUUCUGAAGGCCGCCUACCAGCGCAAUGGUGGCUGGGUCAAGUCCGCCGACUUCUACAAGAAGCUCGUGGUUGAUGUGACAAAGAUGUUCUCGAAGUCUUCCGAUUUUAAGGAUUUACAGCCAGUCAAAGAAUGGCAAGCCAAGCCUGACAAUGCCACUGCCAGUACUGGUGUGUUUGAGAAACCGCAACAAUGGAUGUUUGUCGUCAAGGAUGACAUUCUGCCUCCGAAAGGCGGAAAGCAUAACCAUAACAGCACCUCUGAGGAAGGUUUCCAGCGCGCUCCUCAGCCCAUCAAGAAGGGCAAGCAGACUGGAUGGAGUUUGAGACGUGUAUCUGAUCUUUGGGGAAUGAGACAGCCCAGAGCUGGAAGAUUGGAUACGGAGAUUGUGAUUUGA